CUGAAACACGGCCCGAACACGGGCUCUGACACGGCUGAAACACGGCCCGGACACGGGCUCUGAGCACAAGGAGCGGAGCUCUCGUCCCGGCUCGCCGCUGUCCUCCGAAGGACAAUUCGGAAACCCUGAGCGGCUUGGGCUGGGACUACAACAAAACCCGAGUUCUCGUUCCUACUGCCCUCCUGUGCCUUGCCGUGAGUGUUUCUAGCUUCUCCAAAGUUCCCUCUGAGGCAGCCCCGCUGGUAUUUCUUUGUUUGAUCUCUCCUGCCUUAAUGUUGACUGAAAUUUGAAACGUCCCCGUUCUGCUUUCUGGCUUAAUUGUUCUUUCCCUCUGUUUGCACGCAGAUGAAUUAUUUACCUCUGUGCCUUGCAUUGGGUUCUGUUUGUCCAGGUGGAGGUAGGCGAGGGCUUGGUGCCCUUCUGUGGCGCUGAAACACUGUAGAAAAGGCAUUUCUCCAGACACUAGUGUGCAAGAGGAAUGGAAGAGAACACUGUGCUGUUAAGCUCAGGACUGCUGGGUUUCUUCCUGGAGAUGAGAUUUUAAUUCAUGCUCAUCCCUGAGGACGAGUGGAAGCCAGGUCUCCAGGCAGCUGCAGUGAAGUUUCAGAGCUGUCCAUACAUGGUAUUCUAGAACAGCUGAAGAGGUGGAUCACGCCCCAGGUGAUGCCAGCAUGGGGGUAGAUGUUUUGGAAUCAGGUGACACCACACCUCCUACAAAGAGGAAAAGCAAGUUCUCGAGCUUUGGCAAGAUUUUCAAACCCUGGAAGUGGAGGAAAAAGAAAAGUAGUGACAAAUUCAAGGAGACUUCAGAAGUUUUAGAACGAAAGAUUUCUAUGCGAAAGCCAAGAGAGGAGCUGGUAAAAAGAGGGGUUCUGUUGGAAGAGCCUGAGCAGGAUGGUGAAGAGCCAGAGAAGCUGAACCCACCUGCACUGAAGAAUGGCCACACUGUCCCCAUUGGGGGCCCUGGGGUCUGUGACCUGCCCAGCCAGGAGGAAGAGGCCACAAAGACAUCCAGCCUUAGGAAGCCUGUUCCAGUGGAGGAACCAAAGAAGAGGCAGGGCUCUUCCAGCAGCCACCCUGGCCCCGAACUGGAACCACCUCAGGAGCCACACGUUCCCAGGCAACCUCUGCUUCCUCCAAAAAGACCUCCCUCCACUUCCCAGGAGGCAAAUGAAGUGCAGGCACAGGAUCCAACACCUGCCAGCAGCACUGCAAGAACUGCCCCCUUCAGCACAGCCCCCACGUCAGCAAAGACAGUCAAUUCCACAGCUGCCCCUUCCCCAGCCCCCAGGACUCUGCUCCCUGCUCCUGCCAGUGCCAACACUACUGCUCCCACCAGUGCAACCAGCACAGCUCCUGCCAAACAGCCUCCUGUCCCUCCUCCCAAACCCGUCAACAGAAAUAGCAACUCACUGAUAGCUGAGCUUUCCCAAGUAAUGACCAGUGGUACGGCCUUGUCCAAGCCUUCCCCUCCUCUCCCCCCAAAGAGAGGCCUCCUGCCUAACAACACGUCAGAUGCUGUCCCCUCCAAGCCCCUAAAUGACAGGACAGUGGCAGUGAGUCGCCCCGCACCUGUUGCACUGCCCGUGCCCUCGGCUUACCCACCGCCGCCGUCCUCGCCGCCGCUGCCCACCCACGUACCCCCGGAACCUCCACGCGUGGCCCUGCCCACCUCCAGCCCUGCCCUAGACCCACCGUGCUCCCUGGACCUGCCGAAGGAGACUCCUCCUCCUCCUCCUCCUCCUGCUGAAGAGUUCAGGUCCAUGGAAGCGUCGAAGAGGACGGCAGAGCAAGGGUUUGGUGAACCCGCUGUGCUGCCUCGGCUGCCGCAGAUCCCCCUGCACAUUCGUAUCCAGCAGGCUCUGGCCAGCCCCCUGCCUGUCACCCCACCUCCCGAGGGGUCCCACAGGGCUCACUCGCUGCUCUUUGAGAACGAUGGUUUUGGAGAAGACAACGGCACCCUGGGCAGGACGAGAUCUCUGCCUGUCACCAUUGAGAUGCUCAAAGUUCCAGACGAUGAGGAAGAGGAAGAAGAUGACCAGGAAGAGGAACAGAGUUCAGGUCUUCGUGUUUAUAUUGGAGAUGUGCCAUCUGUCACAGUCAUCCCCAAACUGGUACCUCAGGUCCUCCCAGAGGAGCAGGAAGGAGAUGAAGGGAUGAGCGACUCUGAUUCGGAAGGGCCCAUCCUGUAUAAAGAUGAUGAGGAUGAGGAAGAUGAUGAAAGCCAUAACAGCAUGCUGGCCAGCAAAGUGAAGAGGAAAGAUACACUGGCUAUGAAGCUGGGGAGCACAACCACACCACAGGAGGAGAAGAUCGUCGUCCCUCGGAAGAGUAAGGAGGAGUGGAACGAAAUCCGCCAGCAGAUUGGGACGACGCUGAUCAGGCGACUGAGUCAGAGACCAACUGCAGAAGAACUGGAACAGAGGAACAUUCUUCAGCCGAAGAAUGAAGCUGACCGUCAAGCUGAGAAGCGCGAGAUCAAGCGCCGGCUCACCAGAAAGCUUAGCCAAAGGCCUACAGUGGCAGAGCUGCAGGCCAGGAAGAUCCUGAGGUUUAAUGAAUAUGUGGAAGUAACAGAUGCUCAAGACUACGACCGGCGAGCAGAUAAGCCAUGGACAAAGCUGACACCAGCUGACAAGGCUGCCAUCAGGAAGGAGCUGAAUGAGUUUAAGAGCUGUGAAAUGGAAGUGCAUGAGGAGAGCAAGCAGUUCACCAGAUACCAUCGACCAUAAUAUUCCAAGGAGGGAGCAAGAAACUCGGGAGCGCUGGAAGUUUUCUGCACCCCUCUCCUAGGCAAUGCAGUGAGGGUGGAGCCUCAGCUCUUCCAAGAUUUGCCUUCCAGACAUAUCCAGAAAAGGGCUUUUGGCCAGGGAAGGGGAAUCCUGUCUGAAUGUAGCAUUUCACUGGAACAAACACAUCUCUCAUGCCAUCAGCCUGGAACUGACACUAUACCUCGCUUGGCUCAGCAAUAUGACUCUGCCAGGACCGUGCCCAGGGGAACAACCCCUUCCUUCCCAAGUUGUACAGACUUGUCUUGGGGGUGCAAUUCCUCAUUUCCUUCUCCUUUCCAUCAGGAAGGGAGGAAAAAGAAAAGGCAGCUCUAAUGUUGGGAAGCUGAGGAGAGCAUGUGCUCGGAAGCAUGUGUGUGUGUAUAUUAGCUGUGUACAGAGAACCCUGGCAGACAACUGACAUGGCACUCGUUAUUUUUGGGGGGUUUUGCUGGUUUCUGUCAUGUCCUUAAUGCCCUGAAUCACUACUGACCAACGGUUUGUUGUCCUGGAAGGGAAUUGUAUAGAUAUUAACAUAUGCUGCAUCUUUUUGUAAAAAAAUUUUUAAAAAAUUAAAAAAA